AUGGGUACUCAAGACGAGAUCAAUACAACGAGUGAUACUCAGAUCACUCUCAAUGAGAAGAUUCCAGUCAUAACCGAGUCGGAUGAACCUGGAUCCAACAAGUCCGAACUUCAUAUCGACGAUGAAGCAGGGGCGAUUGCUGCGCAGGCUCUUGCCAGUGGCCCUGCAGAUACAGAACUUUCAAAGAAGGCCUGCAAUUCCUCGACAAAACAACCCUCGGCUACUCUUCUGUCUUCGGAAUCAUCCCAGACAAUAAACUCGAAGGACAAGACUACGCAUGGGCAUCGUCAAUCUUCUAUUUCGGUUAUAUGCUCGCUGAGUACCCAGGCGUGGCAUUAA